CUCACUUAUAAUAACAAUAGCUAGUAAAUAAUCCGGAAACGCGUUUGUGUAUUUUCGAGUUUAUUACAGUAUCAUCACACACAUACACAUACAUCUCUACUAGAAAAAAUACAUCAUGAGCAAGAAAGAUGAAAAGAGUCCCCAGGUAGACGAGGAAGAACUCGCCCGUCUGACCGCAAAGGUCGAAAAACUUGUCAAAAAGUCCCAGACAAAGGAACUCCAGAAUCUCGUCAAAGGCAAACAGCCUGCCUCAAAUAAGCCGGGCUCAUCCAAGGAUGAAGCCUUGAUGCGCGAAAAGAUCCAGACACUGAUGCAGAAUCUUGCCCUCAUGGAGCAGUCUGGCCAAUUAAAGAACUCAAACAAAAAAGAGAUGGGAGACCACAAGUUUUGGAAUACCCAACCCGUACCAAAGCAUGAUGAGCUUGUGACAGCAAUUGGCCCUAUUGAGCCUUCAAUUCCUGUUGACCAGGUACCCAAGAAUUCCCCCACUUUGCCAAAGGAGUUUGAGUGGUGUGAAAUUGAUAUGAACAGUGAGAAAGAGCUCAAGGAACUUUAUGAACUCUUAACAAUGAACUAUGUAGAGGAUGAUGAUGCCCAAUUCAGAUUUGAUUAUUCCGCCAGUUUCUUGAAGUGGGCACUUCAACCUCCAAAGUGGAGAAAGUCCUGGCACAUUGGUGUACGUGUGGCUACCAACAAGAAGCUGGUAGCCUUUAUUAGUGGAAUCCCCGCUGACAUGAGAACCUAUAACGUUACUCAACCCUUGGUCGAAGUUAACUUUUUGUGUAUCCACAAAAAACUAAGAUCCAAGCGUCUUGCACCUGUUCUUAUUAAAGAAAUCACUCGUAAAAGUCAUCUUGAAGGCAUUUUCCAAGCUGUUUACACUGCCGGUGUUGUCCUACCAAAGCCAGUUGGCACUUGUCGCUACUUCCACCGUUCCCUUAACCCAAAGAAGUUGGUCGAGUGCAACUUCUCCCGUAUUCCUGCCAAAUCUACAUUGACUCGCAUGAUCAAACAUUAUAAAGUUCCUGAUGUUACUUCUACAGUUGGAUUGAGAGAGAUGAAGGUUUCUGAUGCACCUGAAGUACGAGUCCUGUUGAACAAAUAUCUCGAACGAUUCGAUUUCGCAGUCGUAUUUGAGACAGACGAAGAUGUCGAGCACUGGAUCUGUCCCCACAAAGAUGUAGUCUGGAGUUAUGUGGUCGAGGAUCCCGAAACUCACAAGAUUACCGAUAUGUUCUCCUUCUAUUCUCUUCCUAGCUCCGUCAUCAACAACCCUAAGCACUCUACUCUCAAUGCAGCUUACAUGUUUUAUUAUGCCAUUGAUGUACCCGAAUCAGCCAAGAAGACUCCCGCCGAUGAAAUCAAAUACAUUAGAAAGAGACUCAAUGCUUUGAUUGCUGAUGCACUCACACUCGCGAAAAAAGCCAACUUUGAUGUUGUUAAUACCCUGGAUCUGAUGGACAACUCACUUUAUGUGGACGAACAAAAGUUCGGUCCUGGCGAUGGUCAUCUCAACUACUAUUUGUACAACUGGAAGUGUCCUGAUGUCAAGCGUCAAAAGGUCGGAUUAGUGAUGCUUUAAUUGAAGUACCAUAUACAUACAUAUAUAUAUAUAUCAUUAUUAUUACUAUUAUUUUAUAGAGGAUAUAUACAUAUGUAUACGUAUUUAUAUAUGAUAUGUGCUUGUGUGUAUUCUCUCAUUUUUAUUAUUUCUGUUUCAUAUAUGUUAAUUUGUGCAUAUGGGGUAAAGAGG